AUGGAGCCACCUGGGGACCCUACGCAGAGCCAGCAGGAGACUCUGCGUGGUGUCACCUGGGGACCCUGCAUGGUGCCACCAGAGACCCUAAAUGCUGUCACCUGGGGACCCCACGUGGUGGCACCAGAGACCCUAUAUGGAGCUGCCUGGGGAUCCCAUACAGCGUCACCUGGAGGCCCUACGUGGUGCCACCCAGAGACCCCUAUAUGGAGUCCCUAUGUAGAGCCACCCGGGGACCCCCUAUCACGUCACCGGGGACCUCGUGUGGCGGCUCCUGGCGACCCUCUUUGGUGCCACCCAGAGGCCCCACAUGAGGUCACCCGGCUGUACGGAGCCACCCGCAGCCCCCGCGUGGGGUCACUGGAGCCCCAUAGGGUGGCACCGGGCCCCACACGCCCCCCCCCCUCCCCCCCCCCCGAUGGCCCCCCCGAGGGCGCGGGGUGCAGCCCCGCCCCCCCCCGCAGCGUUUACCGACGGCUGCACGACGACCCCCGCUGGAGCCCCGCCGCCCCCCCCGGUAGAUCCGAACCUGGGGACUCCGGCCUGGAGACGGGCGGCACCGAAAGCCGGCCCCGAAGCGCGGGGGGGGCCGGGAGCGGCGUCUGUGGGGACGCGGCCGGGAGACCCCAAAGGGGACGCGGCGCCGACCCCCCCCGGGAGCCCCGCAGCCGCAUCCGCAGGCAGAGAUGGCGCAGCGUCGGCGGCGGAGACCCCAAAGACUGCGGGGAGCCCAAAGCCCGCGGCAUCGGGAUCCCCAAGGAGCGCGGCGCCGGGGUUCCCGAGGAGAACGGCGACGGCGCCCCCAAAAACUGCGCCUUCGGGGACCCUACGGACCACGGCGUUUGGGUCCCCAAAGAUCGCGGCGUUGGGGUCCCCCAAACCUCCGGCGUUUGGAUCCCCAGGGAGCGCGGCUGCGGGGUCCCCAAACCCUGCGCCGUUGGGGACCCCAAAGCCCGCGGCUCGGGGCGCUGCCAGUUCUGCCAGCCGCGUGGCGAUGGGGGCCCCGAGGAGCAUCAGGACGGGGUCCCCCAGGAGCGCGGCGUCGGGGGCCUCAAGGAAGGCGGCACCGGGGGCCCUGAAGCUCACGGCGACGGGGAUCCCAGGAGCUGCGACACCGGGGUCGCCGCCCCCCCCGGCGCGGUGCCGCCGGCUCAGGGGCUGCGGUACCUGGAGCUGCUCUGCCGGACGCUGGAGCGCCUGGCGCGGCUGCAGGAGGACAACCGGCAGCUCCGGGGGGCGCGGGGCGGCGGGGGUCCCGGAUCUCUGCGCGCCCCACCGCGACCCCCAAGCGACGGAGGUGGGGGUUUGGGGACGGGCAGAGCGGAGCCGUUCCGGACGCGUUCGUGUUCCGACAGCCACGCGGCAGCGCACAGCCCGGCCCGGCGCAGGGCGCAGUGGGGGCACUCGAUCAGCUCCCCCAGCCUCCUGGAGCCCACCGAUGCCCCCCCGGCACCCCACAAGGUUUGUGGGGCGCGCACACCUUGGGGGCAGCG